CAGCUAUUCUGGCAACAUUUGUUGUAGCUUCCUCUUCCCACGCACAAAAAAACACUAAGCAAAAAACAACAGUAGAAAUUUUAUAUUGGAGGAGAUGACUUUGCCCGAGUUCUUUGGCUGCACCUUUAUCGCAUUCGGUCCGCCAUUUGCACUGUUCGUUUUCACCAUUGCCAAUGAUCCUGUGCGGAUUAUUAUCCUGAUAGCAGCGGCAUUCUUCUGGCUGCUUUCGCUGCUACUUUCAUCACUUUUGUGGUUUGCUAUGAUUCCACUUCGUGAUGUCCUGGCAUUUGGUGUGUUCUUCUCGGUACUGUUUCAGGAAUGCUUCAGAUAUAUUAUCUACCGCAUUCUGCGCAGCACAGAGCAGGGUUUGCACGCAGUUGCCGAGGAUACGCGAGUUACGGACAACAAGCACAUCCUGGCCUAUGUGUCCGGUUUGGGAUUUGGAAUUAUAUCUGGCAUGUUUGCCCUGGUCAAUGUGUUGGCUGAUAUGAGUGGGCCUGGAACCAUGGGUCUCAAAAGUGGUACCGAAAUUUUUUUUAUCACGUCGGCCGCUCAAGCUCUUUCUAUUAUUCUGCUGCACACAUUCUGGAGUGUAAUAUUCUUUAAUGCCUUCGACACGAGUAACUACCUGCAUAUUUGUUACGUUGUGGGCAGUCAUCUGUUUGUGUCAUUGCUAACCCUACUUAAUGCGAGCGAACUUUAUAUCACCACCUUGCUGAUUAACUACAUAAUUACAAUUAUUACGGGUGUUCUAGCAUUCCGAGUUGCUGGAGGUACAUCGCGCGGUUUCAAGAAGUUUAUAACAUGCCAAUAACAAGUAUUAAGAAAUUUAGCUGUUAAAAACACUGUAUACUCCCCGUGUAAUCUUAAUAUAUUAAGCUUGUAUAAACCUACAUCAUAAUUUA